AUGGGUAUAUUUACUGGUGACGAUAACAAGGAACUCGAGAAAUACAAUGACGAUCUGGUGUCUUCGUCGUUGACAGAGCGCUUGAACGAUAGCUUCCUUUCGAUGGGCGAUUCUAUAUCUUCCAUAUGGAAGGAAGCCGUUAAUCACGUUGAGAGUCCGAUAUCUGAUUUGUGGAUGAAUGCUAGUGGUAGUAUGGGCGAUUUAUUAGGAGGUUUGGGCUUUCCCGGAGGCUUUGGCCAUCCAACUCGUAUUUUGAGACUCAUGGAGGAUAGCACCACGCAGGAAGGUGUCACUGGCCUGUACGGCUACAGAACGCCCUCCGACAAACAAUUCAUGGAAUGUCACGAGCUGAAGGGCCUAUCUGUAUGGGAUUCGCGUGGGUGGUGGCGUUGCCUUUUUCCUGAAAACAUAGUGAGAGCAAGGAUGUCCCCAGAACAACUCAAAAAUGUUCUGACGCGGGAAAGGGUCGAACGGGACAAAAACCACAGUCUAGGAUUGUUUUUCACCGAAUACUCCGCAUACUUGAUGUGGCGCGCCAAUAUUGUGAAACAGGUGGAGAAACGCCGAGCUUCGUUGGUCCCCAGUGCUAGCCACGAAGAGAGUUCCCAAGGCUUGUGGAACACGCCCGAGGACUUGAUGGACCACACUACAGGUAAGUCAGUGGUUGGAACGUCCACGUAUGUCACUUACAAUAGUACACCAGACGGCUUGGAAAAGGUAAAAGAGACCAAGACGUUUUUCAACGACGGUUCCUCUAAACUCCGGUAUGACAAGCAAGGCACGGGCCCCGACGGCCAAAAGCAUUUUGAUUCGUAUGAAAAAAUGAUUCCUAGUAGCUAUGUUCAUGAUGCCGACGCAUACGACGGUGCCGAUCACCCCAAGGACGGUUGGUUUUGGCACAAGUGA